UCAGACACACAGCGCGUCUCUCUCUCUCUCUCUCGUAGCGUUCUCGUUCACUUCCCUCUCUAACCUUGCGCUGUUGCACUGUGCAAAAACAGACUUUGCCACUGAGCAUCACUCAUAAGCCCAGCUUGCUACCACAGGUAUAACGUGCCUAAACCAUGCUAUAGAGAAACAGCCACGGAUCAUCUUUUUUCAGACAUCCGGCUGGACAUACCAUCAACACAACAGCAACAGAGUCACCAGUGAAUUAAACCAGCCAUCGUGUCUUCUCAGCUCUUUAGCAGUGUUACCUACAAAUCUGAACUAGCCUCACAAAACUGUAAAUAAAUCUUCAGAUCCAUGAGGAACCAACAUUGAACACUCUGAAGCACACCCCCAACCUUCAAAAAGAACAUGAUGAUCAAUGUGCAGAAUGUUUCAGCCACCUCUGCCAUCGUCAGCUGGCCCUCCAUGCCUGACUGUGUGGACACCUUUUAUAGUGUGAUGUACCACCCCAACUGGAACAGCCUCAUGAUGGACUACACACGCAAGAGCUUCAUGAGGGAAGAGAGGAUUCCAGUAAGCCAGACAACAACGCACCUGGGCAACCUCAGUCCCCAGACUACCUACAUCCUCUGUAUUACCUGCCAAUCUGCCAACCCUACAAGGGACCAGUGUAAGCUUUUCAGUACCUUGGACGAGGGCGCAGAUCGUGGGGGAAGCCGCAGGGAGCUGGCUAUGGGUGUGUGGCUGGCCAGUAGCAUUCUGCUCUUCAUCAUUGCUGUGGUUCUGCUCUGGGCCUGCCUUCACUCCAUAUGCCCAGCAAAGAGGCACUCUGAGGGGGAAAGUCAACAAGACUCCACCCCACCCUGCCAAGCUCUGACGCCCAGGAAUGAUUACGGGGCAAGAGAUGGCAGAGAGAGUCUGUACACACCAAGUUACAGCGAGGAAGACUCCCAGCAGGCAACAGUGAUAGAGAACCCUUUUCACAUUGAUCACGGAGGAGCACCCGUCAAUGGACAGUGCCAUGAGCUCAAGACACUUGGAAACAAACAAAACGGCUGCCCUGAAUUGGCCUGAACUAAAAUAGCCACUGCUGUGCUCUGGAUAUUAAGAUCACACAAAGAUAAUCAGUGUUACCUAGGGCUGCUAAUGCUUCAUAAUUUUGGUCAUUUUCAAAUCUCAAGAUGGAAAGAAUAUGAAUCCCAUCACAUGCAACUGCAGCCUUUUGCCGUAACAAGCAAGAUAAGAGGUUUAAAACAAAUAGCAGGCAAACCACUGUUUAGCCUAUUAUAAUUAAAAGUGCAAGGCCUGCAAUGCGUCUGUACACAUAUGCGCAUAUAAUUCCAUGCAUUUACCUAGCUAAGUAAGAUCGCAUCUGCCACAGCUACAAUACAUGGGUUCUACAAAAUGUCCUUAAACUGCUUAUAGUCCUAUGGCUUUCUGCAAAUGUAUUAGACAUAUGAAAAUAAAAACAACCAAUUGAUGGUUGCCUUUGGCAUACUUAUCUGCCAGGGAAAUCUUUAUCCAUCCUCUUAAAACAAAAAAGGGUAAGGCCUCAUAAUGUUUCUCAAGUCUAGUCACAGUGAAGUAACUGCAUAUUAAUGCUAAAGUAACACUCUGAGACUGGUGUACCUUCACUCAUUUACUUUGUUGAACAAUGUGCUGAGAGGCCUGUGACAAAUUCAUUGUGCAAAAAAAUGUGCUCUUGCCAUUUUACUCUAGAACAAGAGACCGGAAUAAUUUUAGAAAAAUCACAAGAUCCUGUGGUCUGAUUAACAAACCUAGGUGAAAAACACAAUGUGGACGUCAACCUGAAAGGAGUUGUUAAUCUGCUAACUGCAGAUCUGGAGAAAGAGUACCAGAAACCAUUAAAAAGUGAGGGCAAAUAAAGACUUCCUUUGAGAUUUUACCAGGACUCUGAGGACAUCAACAAUUGCCUUUUCCAUGAAAGAAACAACCUUUAAACAUGAAUCAUUCGUUUUCUGUCUUCUUACACAAAUUUCUUCUAGUUUGUGUUGUGAAAAAAAAAAAA